CGAUUUGUUGACAAUGAGUGGACAUUAGAGCGGAAAGAAUGUGGCUAGUGGGUGCUAUGGCGUUACUGUGCGCACUGUCCAAUGCGCACGCGCAAUGGCGUUGUCCGGGAUUGAGCGCGCGGCCCGCUGCCGAGUGCUCCUGCGACUUGCCGCACACACUGCGCUGCGCCGGCGACCAUACCGCAUUACAGAUAAUCGGCCGGCACCUUAGAGAACAGAAGGCGCGGAACAAAAACACCGCUGUAUCGCUUCUGGACUGUGCCCUUCGAGGGGUAUCAGCGCUGACAGUAUCCUCCACCGCUGAGUUGGCAGGAGUCGGUCUACACGGCUUGGUGAUAUCUUCAGGGGAUAUAAGAAGGGUGCAGCAGGGAGCGUUCCUUGUCGUCUCUAGCACUUUGUUAGCUCUAGGUUUACCAAAUAACCAGCUGCCAACGGUUCCGACUGAAGCCAUCGUGAGGCUGUGGAACUUGGAUCGUCUUGACUUGUCCAAUAACAAGAUUCAUACUUUGGACUCUAACUCCUUCAAGGGUAUAAGAAAUCUAACAUAUUUGGACAUCAGCGACAACCAGCUCACAGACAUAUCUCCAGACGCCUUCAAGCCACUGGUCAAGUUGUCAGUACUCCGGCUGAGAGGAAACCUGCUGAAAGUUCCAGCGCUGGCGUCUUUGAAGGCGGCGCACUUCCUCCGGGACCUGGACCUCUCCAGCAACGCAUUAGAAGGUCCACUUGGGCCGGCGACGGUGCCUCCUCUGAGCAGCUUGACGACGCUUCAUCUGUCAGACAAUACGUUCGCUAGUAUCAGGAGAGGCGCUUUAUCAGGUCUAUCCAAUCUCACGACUUUGAAUCUCCACAACAACCAAAUAGACGUGUUGGAGGACUACGCGUUCAGACAUCUUGGCAACUUGACGCAUCUGGACCUGUCGCACAACGAAAUCGUGGCUGUUUCUGGUGCAUCCCUAGCGCAGCUCACGAAUCUGAUACACUUAGAUCUAUCGCAUAAUUUCCUUCGUUCGCUCUCUGCCGAGCCGCUGAAAUCCCUCAGACAUUUGAGCGAGUUGUUGCUGCAUGAUAACGAUGUAUCGAUGAUCGAUGAUGGCGCCCUGGCACAGCACAAGGACCUCAGACGAUUCACUAUUGAAGAUAAUCCUCUUAAUUGUGACUGUCUAAUGGCCGGCUUUGCUCGCUGGUUACGCGAAGCGAAAAACCUCUCUCAGUCGGACAAGGCAGUAGCUGUGUGUGCCACCCCACCCCAUUUAGAAGGAGCCUUGCUUUCCCGACUUUCGAAGAAUAAGUUAUGCGACGAUGUCGAACACACCGAUAAAAAAGAUAAAUUAAACAUUAUAGAUGAUAAAACGAAUGUAAUAGACGAUAAAUACGAUGAAGAUGUGUAUCCUGAUAAACAGGAAGGAUUGGAUGAUGAUCUGUAUGAUGAAGAAUUGGAUGUGCCGGCGGAAGAUGAACUGCCUACGUCAAAUUCUAAGGUUACCCUUACAGACGCCUGGUAUGACGACGAGGUUGUCCACCUGACCUGGGUGGUGGAGCCACCAUCAACCCACCGCUACCGAUGCACCGGGGUCACCGUGUCCAGACCUGGUGGGCUGACCAAACACGUGGCGUGUCACAGAGCCGGGCCGUCUAAUGUGGUGCUGAGAGGGCUGAAGGUCAAUCCUUUGGAGCAAUACACCUUCUGUAUAGCUCUUGAAGAGAUGGACCCAUCAGAUAACCCACUCUCACUGGUGCUGGGCUGCGGAACCCCCUCCAUCUUCAGACAGAGAGCCACCUUCGCGACUGCUGUUCCAGUGGUCGUCACGCCGGCUGUAGACGCUAAGGAAUUUAGGGUAACAGAAGUCCGUUCAAACGUCACGACCGACGGUCUCCUCACAGUUCUGGUCUCUGUCAUGGGACUCCAUCACCGACCUUACACCUUGCCACGAUCCCAAAGGCUUUCAACUGACUAUCCCAUCUACAACUGCUACGUCGUCAUAGCCGUACUAUCUAGAGGUUCUUUAGUAGCCCAAAAAGAUACUCCAUGCUUAUCGACCUUACAAAUCACUAUGGAAGGUCUAAUGAGAGGGCCUUAUGAAGUAUGCGCAACGCUAUCAAAAUCGCACGAUGAUCAUCCUAUAUGCGUUAUACCACAGUUGUUAGAAAGUGGAUCUUUGGAAAUGAAAGCCGGAAUGAAGACUUUGAAUACAGCACUGAUUGGGGUAGCUCUAGGUUUGAUGGUCGUCGUGAUCGGUCUGAUAUGGUUUGUUAGGAAGAUGCUGAAGAAACCGCCGGAGUUUGAGCCCCACAGGUGCUUCAGGCAGGAUCCAGUGCCAGAGGAGCCUAGGGCCAGCUACGUUAUGCUGACUGCUACUUCUAAGUUGUAGGAUAAAUGAGAUUGAUCAGCCAGUUCCUUCUAUCAACUAUAUAGAAGAUUCACAGGUGAAAUAAAAAAAUCAUCAAAGGAAUUGUGAGUCUAUGAUAACAUAUCGAUGGUCAGUUCUAUAUAAAAAUAAACUUCUCAUGUCUAUAUGAUCACGCAUCAUGCAGAAAUUUGCAGCAAUUUUCAAAGUUUUAUGGUUUAAUAACUAACUUAAGAACUUGUUUAAUUUGCAUUUUAAAAUGGCACAAAUGGCCGAGAUUUAAAGUACGAAAUAUUAGAACAAAAGCAGUUAAAAUUUUAUUUUAAUAGGUCGCAUUAUUUAAUUUUGAGUUAGAUCUUACUAAAUCUGUGAUACAUUACACUAUACGAGAUAAUUUCUAUAAUCUGGCUGAUCAUAAUCAUUUAUUAUAUUUAUACUAGUCUGAGAAUAAUUAUAAAAACUUGGCCAUAUUAUAAAUAUAUAGGAAUUAUUGUAAAAAGUUAACACAAUCACUUAUUUCUUUAAGAUAUUUACAUAUAAUUUUAACUGUGAAACAGUAUUUAAGAUAGU